AUGCGGAACACUUCCUGCUAUCUCCCGAAUGGCCUCGCAUUCACCGUAUCGCCGGUGUUCGGCGGGGUCACGUUCAAGUCGAAUGAUAUGAGUACUACGAGCACGACUUUCCCACCUGGCUGGACCGUCAUUAUCCACAGCGAGAAGGCCGGAAACCCUCCGGAAGAAAGAGGAAGGGCGGGCUCUGAGAAUGGCCGUCCGUCCGAUGACGAUGACGAUGACUACAUGAGCCGCUUCACAAAUCCCACACUGAAUCGCGAUGGCCUCUAUAUUUCGUACAUUGUGAAUCCGCCCUCCAGCGAGUUCAAGCCGGUAACAUCACCUACCCGUCAGAUUGCAAUGAUGCUCUGGGCGACGUUAUGGUGGUAUUUCCAUGAGCCGGAACCCGAUCGACAUCUGCAGACAGCUGCGUCUAGCUCGACACCUCAUGUCGGCCAACCCAAAGGUGAUUGGCGCGUCAAGAUCCGCCGCGAGGGCAUUUUCAAGGGCCGGAAUCUCCUGCAAAAGCUGGAGCGCAUGGGCCUGGUUUCAAGCGAGGAUUCGUCGGUCGGCCUGCAGCCCGUCGAGACCCGAGAUUCCGGGAGCUGGUCGAAGAUGUUCAUGAGCCAGCGGUCCUUCUGGCAACUCGACCCUCGUCUCUUCCUGUUUACGAUGACCCCUCGCGGAUCACCGCCAUCUCCUUCCCUGACUCCCUUCCAGUCACGGCAUGCUUCUCCGGCGCGAGAUGAUCUGCCUUCCGGCACUCUGCCACCAACCGAGGCGGCCUUCUCCACCGCCAACACGGAAGUGUUCACAUCCGUAGGGCCUUUCACCUCGGCCAGUCACCUCCCAACAUACUACCCGCCGGCGCCGACCCAGUAUACCUUUACCAAUGGUGUGCGCCAUCCCUUGCGCCCCAAGCCACCGCAUCAAGGGGAGGUUUUUUACGUCCGCUACAUCCCCAGUGUGAGCCAAUAUAUCUCACUUCGAGUCCCCUACCUCCCAGCGACUAAACAAGGAACUACACCUGCGGCGGCGGUCGACGGUCGGCCAACAACCCCAACGAAACCCGUCAGUUCACAGGUUACCGGCAUCAAGCAACAUCUGUGUCAAACUAUGUCAUCGGAUCUCGAGACGCUGCACCGGUGGAUGAAUGACCCUCGUGUGGAAGCGAUGUGGCAGGUUGGCGGCCCAAAGUCCGUGCAGGAGAAGUUCCUGCUGGACAAUCUGAGCAGUCGUCAUAGCUUCCCCGUGAUCGGGUGCUGGGACGGAAAGCCUUUCGGAUACUUCGAGAUCUAUUGGGUGAAGGAGGACCCCCUGGGUCGACUGCUCGAUCGGGUUGACAACUAUGACCGGGGUAUUCAUGUGCUUGUUGGCGAACAUGAGUUCCGCGGUCCUCACCGUGUCGCCCUUUGGCUCACUACACUGGUGCAUCAUUGUUUCUUGGCCGAUAUGCGAACCGAGACCGUUGUCUUGGAGCCCCGCGUGGAUAACAUCAAACUCAUCAACUAUCUCCAGGAUGUGGGGUUCUAUAAAGAAGGCGAAGUCAGCUUCCCCCAUAAGCAGUCUGCCGUGAUGAAGAUCAAGCGCGAGUUCUGGGAGGCCCCGGCUAUCUGA